AUGCAGACUGCUUCUACAAACAUUUUUGAAAGAAUGGGUCGCUCUCAGGAGCUCAGUGAAUUCAAGCAUGGUACUGUGAUAAGUUGCCAUCUGUGCAAUAAGUACAUCUGUGAAAUGUCCUUGCUACUAAAUAUUCCACGGUCAACUGUUAGUGGGGUUAUAACAAAGUGAAAGCAACUGGGAACAACAGCAACUCAGCCAUGAAUUGGUAGGCCACGCAAAAUGACAGAGCAGGGUCAGCGCAUGCUGAAGUGCGCAGAAGUCGCCAACUGUUUGCAGAGUCACUUUAGUUUCAAUAAAAGGAACUCUUAAGGCAUCAGCAUACCAAGACAUUUUGGACAAUUUCAUG